AUGCGUGUCAGAAAGGUGAGCUUCACCGGCAGCAUCGGCACUGGGCGAAAGAUCCAAGAAAUGGCGGCUCGAAGCAACCUCAAGAGAGUCACGUUAGAGCUUGGUAUGUGGUCCAAGGACUUUGUGGCCGUUCACAGUAUUCUUGAUAUGCUUCUGACUCGAAGGAUAGGUGGAAAGAGCCCGGCGAUCGUUUUUGAUGACGCCAACAUCGAAAAUGCCUUGACAUGGACAAUCAACGGCAUCUUGACAAGAUCGGGCCAGGUCUGCGUUGCGGCGUCACGACUUUACGUACAGGACACAAUUGCAGACGGCUUCAUCAAAACCUACGUGGAGAAGAUGAAAGCAGCUACCAGUGAGAUGGGGGAUCCACUGGACCCAAGCGUGUCAAUGGGCCCCUUGGCCGACUCUUUGGCGUUCGAAAAGGUGAAGGCAAUGAUCGCCCGCGGUAGAGAGGAAGCCGAACUCGUAGUGGGUGGUGCGCAAGUCGGUGAAGAUGGGUUCUUCAUGCAGCCAACGGUCUUUCUGAACCCUAAACCGGACGCUCAGGUGCUGACGGAAGAGGUAUUUGGACCCGUUGCUGUGGUGCAGACAUUCAAGACAGAGGGAGAAGUGAUCAAAUUGGCCAACGAUACUGAGUAUGGUCUGAUGGCUGGUGUCUUUACCAAAGACAUCAACCGAGCGUUGAGAGUGUCUUCUCGGGUUGAGUCGGGCGUUGUUGGAAUCAAUUGCAUAAGCGUGAUGAACCUUCAGGUUCCGUUCGGUGGUAAGAAGGGAUCGGGCAUCGGGCGCGAGUUUGGUGAAUAUGCACUGCGGUGUUUCACCGAGCCCAAAACCGUUUUGAUCAAGUAA